CUUCGGGACUUGUCUUGUUUUGCCAAGAUAAAUAAUAAUAAACAUUUAUCUCACAUAUUUAACUCCUUCUUUCUUAUUUAUUUAUAAUCCUUUCUUCCUUUAUGCAAGAUCCUUUAAAAAAUGGAUAAUAAUAGUAAUACUGGAAGCCUUUUCUGUCGCUGGAAUAAUUGCUCAAUGUCUUUUAAUGAUCCAGAACAACUUUAUAUCCAUUUAACAAACGACCAUGUUGGUAGAAAAUCAACUGGAAAUCUAUGUCUAACUUGUGGUUGGGAGAAAUGCGAUAUUACAGUCAUUAAGCGUGAUCAUAUUACUAGUCAUCUUAGAGUUCAUGUUCCUUUAAAACCUCAUCAUUGCCAAUUUUGUAGUAAAUCUUUUAAACGACCACAAGAUUUGAAAAAGCACGAAAAGAUACACAGUGAGCAACAUAUUUCGAGCUUACGUUCUCACCAGAGAACACAACAUCCUUUAACACCUCCUAAUUAUAUACCGUAUUCUAGUAGAGAUGUGUCACCUAUUUUAUCUGAUCAUCAUCCUAUAUCACCACCUAUUAGUGCUUGUUCUGAUGAAACUUGGAUGUAUACAAAUAUGUCUCCAUCGACAACAGUAAGAUCUGAUAACCGUUUAGUUGCUCCUACUACUAAACAUCAUAAGGUUUCACAACAGUCUAAUCUUGUUCCACAAACAACUAAACCUGAUCAAAUUAUUCAUAACUUGCUUUUUCCAUUGGAAACAGACAUUUCUACUGCAGAGUAUAACAAUACAGCAAUAGAUGUUACUGGUAAUCUUGAUUUAAUUCAAAGUUAUCUAGAUGCAGGAGUGAUAAAUCAAUCAAAUUUUGAUUUAAAUAUUAAUAAUAAGCAACAGUUACAAGAUAUGAACAAUUGGUUAAGUCAUCUUUCUCAUAGUAUUCAAACUGAACAAUUACCUCAUCCAUCAUCGGUGUAUAAUUCAUCCAUAUCUACUACCUUUAUACCAUCCUUACAACAGUCAGAUUUUAUUAUGUCUCAAAAUAAUAAUAAUAAUAAUAAUAUAUAUCCUGUUUCAUCAACUAUUGGGGAUAAUGAUAUCUAUGUUCGUUCUCAGCCUAUAUUACAACCUGUGGCGCCAAGUCAAUGCACUAUUACUGCUAAUAACAUUUGCCCUGGUCAACCAUUACCUUAUUAUGAGCAGCAACCCUUUAUAUAUCAUCAUCAUCAUCAACAACAACAACAACAACAACAAAAUAUAGGUAUUACAGGACAACGUCAACAUUAUUCAACUAUUCCAAAUAUAUCAAAUCAUUUCUUCCAGCCUGAACUUCGAACUGCUAUGAAUUUCACUAAAGCGAAUAAUAGUCAUAUUAAAAAGGAAGAAGUUAUUUCAUUCAAACCUACAAAAGCUAUAGUUCAUAAUGACAAAAAGGAUAUCACUACUCUGACUAAUACUUUUUCCAGUGCAUUAGUCGAAAAUAAGAACCAAAAAGAAGACGAAGAAAAGAAGGAGACAAAAUUAAAUAAUUCAAUUAGAGAUUUAAUAAUAAGCGAUCUUUCUAAACUUUCUUUAAAUGAUAAUGACAAUUCAAAAGAACACUCGGAUUUGACAAAUAACAGUAAGAAUUCUAAAUCUCUGUCUUCACUCUAUCCUGCUACUGCUGAUGAUGCAACAACUAUGCAUAUUAAUCAGAAACGUCUUUUACUUGUGCAGAAAAUGAAGGACUGGAUAAAUGAAAACUAUCAUAAAAAUCAUCCUAAUCUUUAAAAGAGAAAAUGAAAUAAAAUAAAAUAAAAUAAAUAAAUAAAAUAAAUAAAAAAAA